CAUGUGCAUAAAAAACUGAAGGAAGUCACGGUCCAUUCCUAUCUCGAAAUACGUUUUUCUAAACAAAAUUAAAAUCGACUAAAACAGAACAUCUCUCCUUGUACCUAGUGCAUGGUAUUUCAUCUAUCGUUAUAUUUUAUAACUGUUUGGGACUCUUACAAUUCAUUGACUUGUUAUCAAUUAGGAUCAUGGGAUUGAGACGAAAAUCUUCACGACCAUAAUUAAAGAUAAGUUAGGUAAGGUAGCUGGUAAAGGCCGUUGAGUCUUCAGUGGUCUGGGGACAAGUAAGAUGAUUACAUGAAUCUUAAUUUUUUUUAAAUGGAAACAUCGCUUUUAAAUGUUGGUUAAAUGUUGGCAAUAAUAUAAAUAAAUAUUUACGAAAUGAACUUACAUGAAAAUAGUUUUAUAACCAUUAAGCUUGUUAAGUAAAGGAGAAAUACAUUUUUAUAGGUUUUAUUAUCUGUGGAUUUUACAAUGAUUCACAGUUUGUUUAUCAUCAACCAUUCAGGUUUAGGAACUUGUGUUUGAUUGCUGUGGAUGGCAGACGUUUGUGGCUGUUCAAAAGACAUCAGGCCAUGGAAAAACAAUAAGUUUUAUUAUCGACUGAAGAAAGUAACUGGGGACAAGCCCAUUCUCCUGAAGACAUUCCUCUGUUGUGAAAAAGUACUUUGGAAAAACUUGCACCCUUGCUGGCCAGAGUCGGCCAAAGAUCAUAUUUUCACAUUAAGUUUGCACUAAUAUUGAGCUGUACAAUUUUCUGGGAGAGGUCUCACUGGUCUGUUUGCAACAUUGAAGAAUGUCCGAAGUUUUUUCAUGAACAGUUGCAAGGUCAACAAAAUGGUGACAGAAACGAUAAAGUCACGAGCUGCAGAAGAAGGCAUUCGUGCUGUCAGACGGAAGCAAAAACGGUGAAGAAGUGGAGGUUGUUGAAACUUUUAAAGAAUUUCCUAAGUUCGAUAUAUUUACCUUGGAUAAUACAGAAUUCAUAGUGUUGCCUUCAACGAAUGAAAAGUUACUUCAUGGAUGACGAACGUUACGAGUCUAAAGGUGAAGGAACGGAAUAUUACCCCGACUAUGAAAGCAGAAGUAAAAACGGUGAAGAAAUUAAAGUUAUUGCAACACUUAAAACAAGAGAAUUACGUUCAGACGGUAGUAAAAACGGUGAUGAAGUCAAUAGUGUUGAAUUACUUGAAGACCGGUGAAUUUUUUUUAAACAGUUUAAAUUUGAUGUUUGGCGCAUAAAAAUAAGUACAAUAAAGAAAAGUUUGCUGUUCACAUGAAGAACAUUGGAGAACUUGGAUAAAUUUUUGCGUGACUACUAGAAGAGAUCUAGCUUUCACGGUUCCAGCAGUUAUGGGUAUCUUGGAAGAAGGGAAUUCUUCUAUGAAUAAUGGCGAUUAUGAAACGGCUAUUGAACAUUACAAUAAUUGUGUAAAAGUUGCAGACGAGAACAGCAUCAAAAUGAUGGCAUAUUUUGGUCUUGGCAAUGCUUUCACACUCUCUGAUAAACGGAAGGAAGCAAUAAACUGCUUUAAUGAUUGCUUAAAUCUUUCUUCUGAACUGGAAAUUAAAUAUUUUGAACAUCAAAUAUACCUCGGGUUGGGGAGUAUCCAUUCUACCACUAUAAGAUUGGAGGACGGUAUAAAGAAAGAAGAAAUAGUCUGUCUCUGUCAUGUUGCAUUGGGAGGAUUGAAUAAGUUGCUUGAAAAUUAUGAGAAAUCUUUGGAGCAUUAUAAAAACGGAUUCUCUUUUAUUGAUUGUGAACACCAAGAAGAAGAAAUGCAAUCUCCACAAUGGAAAGAAAAUCAAGAAGGAAAUCAACAAGAACAAAAUAAACGGCGUGAACGACCGCGACGACCAAGAAAAGUUGGUGGUAUUAACGUUAGUAAAGAUUUCGUUAAACAUAACUUGAAGAACUUGUCAAUUGUUUCUUCAGCUGGAAUUGUCAGUGGAGUGUUGGCUGUUUUAUGGGAAUUAGCAGAAUUGUUUGAUAAACUUGAGCAAUAUAGGGAAGCAGCAGAAAUUUAUGAAAUGUAUCUGGAGCUGGUCACAAAAGAUGAAGAUAUAGAAAAACAAAAGAACGUCAUGGAGCGUCUGGUGCAAAUAUACGAUGAAGAAGAGCGUUAUUACUUAAGGGAUUCUAUGACGACGAGAUUACAAGAGUUUCGUGAAAGAAAAAAGAACCAAGAUUUGCAGCUGCAUGAAUGGAAAUACAAUGAUAAAUCGACAAAACAUAAAGAAUUGCUCUUAAAAUUAAUUGAGUAUGGGAAAGACCCUAAUGUUGAGGUUAAACAUGUGAACGAUGUACGUGUAAUUUUCUCAGAAAAGUUUUGCAUCGGUAGAGGAAGUGAUGGAACCCGUGUUUAUCUUGGACUGGGAAAGGAUGGUUACGGUAAAGCAGUGAAGCGAAUUCUUCGUGAUAAUACUUAUUUGGCACAGCAUGAAGUAAAAAUUUUUAAUGAAAUCAAUGAUAAGAAGUCGGAUUAUGUGCUAAAUUGUUAUUGCUCGAGACAAGAUAGAGAAACAGAAUAUGUUUAUUUAAUUCUCGAUUUAUGUGAAGAAUCGUUGGAGGAUUUUGUGCUAUCCGAAUCAAAUAGUUUAGAUUAUCUUCAAAAAUCCCUUCCCGACAUUUUGAAGCAAAUAUUGAACGGCUUAGUUGAUCUUCACAGAGGUGAACGUCCCAUUCUUCAUCGUGAUUUGAAACCUUCCAAUAUUCUCCGAGACACACAAGGCAAAUUUUUGAUAGCCGAUUUUGGUAUUAGUCGAAUUAUGAAGAAUGGCUCUCAGACAUAUGUAAGCGAUGCUAAUAGGGGAACUCCGCAUUGGAUUGCCCCUGAAUCUUAUAUUGAGGAUAUAAAAUUAUUUGAUAAAGCACGUUACAAAACAGAAUCUGAUGUAAUGAAUGCAGGAAUGGUGGCUUAUUUUGUUGCAACAAAAGGAAAACAUCCUUUUGGUACUAAAGUGUGCAUACUUCAAAAUUUGUUGGAUGGAAAACCUGUUGGCUUAAAGGAAAUCAGUAAUUUCGAACUAAAUGAUCUUCUUUCAUGGAUGCUACAACAUAAACCCGAACUCAGGCCAUCUGCAAAGGAGGCGUUAAAACACCCUUAUCUACUAUCUGAUGAAGAAAAGUUUGACUUGCUGUGUGAAGUUGGGAAUCAACCGGAGAUAGAGAUACCGCAUUUAGAUCAUCCUCUCAGCUCAGAUGUCCAUGAGCAGUUAAAUGGUCUCAACAAUUGGAUGAACCGUCUCAUUCAUGAAUUCGAUGAUCAUUUCAACAAGAAACUCUACGACUCUACAUGGUUAGGAUGCUUAAGAUUCAUACAAGACGUUAAUCAGCAUUGGCAUGAUGAGCAUCGUUCAAAACUGUCACCAUAUAUCAAGGAAGGCAACUAUAAAGAGUAUUUCGUAAGGGUUUUACCAGAGCUUCCUCUUCUGGUGCACAGAAUCAUGGGGUUAAACGAAUGGAUCUUAAGACCUGAUAUGGAAAAACGUGUUCCUAUUCAAGAAUUGUUGCGUCAACCAUGGAAAUGUUCUGAUAAAUCAAUAAUGCAUCGGGAAAAGUUUAAAAAGAUGGAGGAAUAUGGACGCAAACAUCCAGAAAAAGUUACACUGCUCAAUGAAUUGCGUGUAAUUUUCAAGAAUGAGUUUUUGCUUGGCAAGGGAAGUGAUGGAACCCGUGUUUACCUUGCCCUGGGAAACGAUGGUUAUGGAAAAGCAGUAAAGCGAAUACGCAAAGAUAGCGGCGUAGACUAUACAAAUCGAGAAAAAGAAAUUUUGAAUGAACUUAAAGCAAAGCGAUCAAAUUAUGUUGUGAAUAUUUGGCAUUUAGAAGAUAACCUUGACGAAGAGUAUUUGUACAUGAUAUUAGAUUUGUGUGAAGAAUCGUUAGAGAGCUAUGUGAAAUCUUCUUCUUUGCAAGAUCUUCAAAAAGCACUUCCUACAAUUCUUAUGCAGAUUUUAAAAGGUUUAGCUGAUCUUCACAGCGGUGAGCGUCCUAUUCUUCAUCGGGAUUUAAGACCAUCAAACGUUCUUCGAGAUGUACAAGGAAAUUUUUUAAUUGCUGACUUAAGUAUAAGUCAUAUGUUAUCUAUUGAAACUCCGACGCAUUGGAGCAUACAAAGAGGAGCUAAAUAUUGGGUAGUUCCAGAGUCAUAUGACGAAUCAGAUGCAUCAAUAAAUAAAGUUCGUUACCAAAAAGAGUCUGACAUUAUGAUUGCAGGAAUGGUGGCUUAUUAUGUUGCAACAAAGGGAAAUCAUCCUUUUGGAGAUGAACGGCAUAGACUGGACAACAUUUUGAAUAGAAAUGCAGAUGGAUUGCACGAAAUCAAGGAUGCCACGCUCAAAGACCUUCUUUCGUGGAUGCUACAACAUUCACCAGAAGACAGGCCAUCUGCCAAUGAGGUGUUAAAACAUCCUUAUCUACAAUCAGACGAAGAGAAAUUCAACAUGCUGUGUGAUAUGGGGAACCAACUGGAGUUGAAACAUUCACAUGGUCGAAAUUCUCCCAUUUCAGAUGUUCAUACGCAGUUGUAUGGUUCCACAGAAUGGAUGAAGCGUCUCGAUGAUGAAGUCCUCAAAGAUUUGAUCAACUUUGAAGUAAACGACAGUAUAAGAACUGUUAUGUACAAGUCUGAAUGGGCAGGAUGCUUAAUAUUCAUACGAAACGUUCACCAACAAUGGCAAAAUAAAACUUCUUCUUAUCUAUCACAACAUUUAAAGCAAGGCAAUUAUAAAAAAUAUUUUCUGCAACGUUUUCCUGAACUUCCUCUUCUGGUGCACAAAGUCAUUAGGUCUACUCACUGGAAAACUAAAUCUGAUCGCAAGAAGCAUUUUGACAGUAAGCAACAGCUAUUAAAAUAAUUUGUCAUUUAGAUGAUCGCAAGGUAUCAAAUGUGUUAAUUCUAGAUGCUCGAUGGCAAUAAAUUGACUUUUCAGUUUAAUAUGAAAAA